AUGCCUGCAAACCAGGACCAACUCGUGCCCACGGUCGUCGACGAUGAGGACGUGGACCAUACUGAUCCCGUGAAGGAAGGUGCCGACUCUGACCAGCAGCUAGCUCGAGAUGAGGAUGAGGCUAUCGACCAGAGAAACAUCCUUCCUGAAUCCAAUCACUCCCUUCGCCACGCCAAGCCCCAGACACCCGCAUACAGCGAGGGUCCAUCGGAGGAUGACUUGCCCAAGGAAGUUCUUGAGGCCAGAUACUAG